AGAUCGAGACGGAGAAUGCUGGGCUUGCCUAAUUGGAAAGCAAAGUAUGACCCGAAAGGGUUGACUCCCCAUCCACGCGAUGCCCCGACAAGGAAGCGGCCUUCGAUCGUCUCCGUCCCUCUCCCCCACCAACCCGCCACCGCAACAACACUUGUCGUCGCUUCUUCUUCUGCUGUUUACACCCUCGCCAACACUUCACCAACAGCCUCCAUGGCCUCCACCGGUAGCGUCAUGCUUGCGACUUCUUCUGCUCAGCUCGAAAUGGAUAGUGGAGCGGUGAAGAAGAAUACAACUUUGAUAUGUGCUCCUGUAAUGGCGGGGACAGUCAAAGAGAUGGUAACCCAAUUGGAUGAGGCAAAGUCUAGUGGGGCUGAACUUGUGGAGAUCAGAUUGGACAGUCUGAAGAAUUUCAGUCCCCAUGAAGACUUGAAAACCCUGAUCAAAGCCUCUGCUUUGCCUACUUUAUUCACUUACAGACCAAAAUGGGAAGGUGGCCAGUAUGAUGGUGACGACAAGUCUCGAUUGGAUACCCUUCGAUUAGCAAUGGAGUUGGGGGCUGAUUAUGUUGAUGUCGAGCUUCAGGUUGCGUUUGAGUUCAAUGCAUCUAUACAAGGAAGUAAGCCGGAGAAGUGCAAAGUUAUAGUGUCUUCGCACAACUAUGAGAACACUCCAUCUAUUGAGGACCUUGGCAAUCUUGUGGCAAGAAUCCAAGCAGCAGGUGCAGACAUAGUGAAGAUUGCUACAACUGCCUUGGAUAUUACUGAUGUUGCACGGAUGUUCCACAUAACCGUGCAUUCCCAAGUAAGCAGCGUUCCAGUAAUAGGCAUCGUAAUGGGCGAAAGGGGUUUGAUUUCACGGGUUCUUUGUGCAAAGUUUGGUGGUUUUCUCACCUUUGGUACACUUGAGUCAGGAGCAGUAUCAGCUCCUGGUCAACCAACAAUCAAGGAUCUGUUGGAUUUGUACAACUUCAGAAGCAUAGGGCCUGAUACCAAAGUGUUUGGUAUCAUCGGGAAGCCAGUUGGCCACAGCAAAUCACCUCUUUUAUAUAAUCAAGCAUUCAAAUCAGCUGGUUUUAAUGGUGUUUUUUUGCAUCUAUUGGUGGAUGAUGUCGCCAGCUUUCUCCAAACUUAUUCAUCCACUGAUUUUGCUGGAUUCAGCUGCACAAUUCCUCAUAAGGAGGCUGCAGUGAAGUGCUGUGAUGAAGUUGAUCCAGUUGCUAAGUCAAUUGGGGCUGUUAAUUGCAUAAUAAGGAGGCAGAGCGAUGCAAAGCUAUUUGGUUACAAUACAGAUUAUGUUGGAGCCAUUUCUGCAAUUGAGGAUGGACUGCGAGAUUCACAUAAUGGGAGCAGCGCAGGUGCUUCACCUUUAAAUGGCAAGUUGUUUGUUGUGAUUGGUGCUGGUGGUGCUGGGAAGGCACUCGCUUAUGGCGCUAAAGAGAAGGGAGCAAGAGUAGUAAUUGCCAACCGCACCUACGAUCGAGCCAGAGAGCUUGCGGAGACCAUUGGAGGAGAUGCCUUAUCUCUUGCUGAUUUGGAGAAUUUCCAACCAGAAGAUGGGAUGGUUCUUGCAAACACAACAUCCAUUGGGAUGCAACCUAAAAUUGAUGAAACUCCAAUUCCCAAGCAUGCUCUGAAGCAUUAUUCACUAGUCUUUGAUGCUGUGUACACCCCGAAAAUGACCAGACUUUUGAGGGAAGCUGAAGAAUGUGGAGCAACCAUUGUUUCGGGCAUGGAGAUGUUCAUUGGACAGGCGUAUGGGCAAUAUGAGAGGUUCACGGGGCUACCUGCACCAAAAGAACUGUUCAGGAAAAUUAUGUCCAAGUACUGAAGAGAUUGGUGGAUUGGAUUCUACUCUCACAUCUACAUUUUUUCCCGUUUAUAUGGUGCAAACCAACAUGAACUUGAUUUUAGCUUCUCAGGUGGUGUGAUCUGUCCACAGUUGAAGAUUAGUUUUAACGUAUUACCGAAGCUCAUAAUCAUCCUGUAUGACAGUACUUCGAUUGAGUUUCGAAUCUUAUCAUAUAAUUCAUUGGCGAAUAAUGAAUUUGAGCUGUGAA